AUGGACACCCCUGAAUUUGACCCCGACUGCCAAGUCAAAGGAACUGCCUUCACAAAAAAGAACUAUCGCGACGUGUACCCUGCCGUCGACCCCACUCGCCCAGAAUUAUCCCAGGAUGGGAAAGUGGUUAUCAUCACUGGGGCCAGUCGUGGACUAGGACAAAUGGGCUUCGCCGUCUCCUUUGCCCGCGCCAAUGCUGCCGCCAUAGUUCUCCUCGGCCGAUCAAGUGAAGGUCUAGCCAAGACAGAAAGCCUAGUCAAAGAAAUAAACCCAGCGACGAAGGUUUUGUCAAUUUCAGUCGACGUCACAGACGAGGCCGGGAUGAACAAAGCUUUCGAGACUGCCGUGGAGAAGUUAGGCGUGCCACAUGUGCUCGUCAACAAUGCGGGUGCACUUGUGAAGCUUGACACGAUUGUCAACACCGACGUGGAGUCUUGGUGGAAAACCCAGGAAAUCAACGUCAAAGGAACAUUCAUCGCAACAAAAGCCUUUCUUAAGCACACAGGAGAUACCCCAUCAGAACCUACGACUAUCAUCAAUUUAAUCUCAAUGGCGGCUCAGGGUAUUCCGCCCGGGAUGAGCUCGUAUUCGCCAGCAAAGCUGGCCGUCUCCAAAUUCACGCAAUUCUUAGCCAUGGAGCAUCCGACCAUCACGUCUGUCAAUCUGGACCCGGGUGUGGCAGCGACUGAUAUGGGACACGGAGUGCCCUACCUUGCGCCCUUUAUUGGAGACACUCCAGAACUCUCUGGGGGCACGGCCGUUUGGUUGGCUACUGGUGACAAGUCAUUUUUGUCGGGGAAGUAUGUUUCCGUCUGUUGGAAUGUUGAAGAGCUUGAGAGCCGGAGGAGGAAAUAA